AUGCACAGCGAAUACUAAAUUAUCUCGAGUAUAGAAUUCUCAAGAGGAAUAUAAAUAAAUAGAGUGAGAUUAUUAGACUAAAGUUGUUAUGAUUAAGAAAAUUUCAUAUCCUUACACAUAUAAAAUAUGAAAAUUUCGAAGGACGAUUUCAGAAAGUUGAGAUAGCUAAAAUUUUUAAAUAUUCUCCAUCCAAGGAAUUAUUAUGAGGAAAGGAAUGAGAAAAUUUUAAUAUUCCCAGACCUUUAAGCACACAAGCUGAGCGAAGAUAAUUUAAAAAAAGAUGUGUAUAGAAUUUUAUUACAAUUAGCUUUAAGUAAGUAUAUUUCUUAUUUAAAGCAUACGCUGAGUUUGAAAAGAGGGGAAGCAAUUGGCCAUUAAAUAAUAUAUCACAAUUAUAUUAUUUAAAGGGAAUUCUAUAUAUUUCUUUAAUAGAAUACGAUUUUUUUAAUACUUAAACUUAAUAAAAACCUUUUUAAAUUUUCGAAACAUUUGCCAAAAAAUACUUUUCUAAUCUUAUACCAGAUAUCAAUAGUCAUUUGGAACAAAAGGUCUUCCAACCAAUAAUUGAGUAUUUAUUAGAGAAGAAUGGAAAUUUUCAUAAAAUCAAUUAUCUUAAUCCACCAUAUGAAAAUGUCUUACUAUACCUACUUAAUUGUCAAUAAAAUGCAAAUAUUGACCUUAAACCUAUAUGUGAAUUUGGAAAUUCGGUAGUAAAGGGUUUUGAUACACCUGAAUGUUUAAAAAGUGUUUAUUCAAAACUUUGUGAUAAGAUAGUUUACAAAUCCUCCAGAUUUCACUAAGAAGAAUUGAAAAACUAAAUUUUAAAUUAAAUUUAAAGAGAAAUAGAACUAAUGGAAUAAUGUUAAGAAGCAGAAUAUGUUGCUUCAUGUUUUGCCUAUAUUAGAAUUUUUGAUUACUCUUUCAUUUUGCAAAAAUAAUUUGUUGGAACUUUAGCAGAUUUUAUGAAAAAAUGGUGUUAAGUAAAGAGAAAUGAAGAAUAGACAAUAAAAGAUGUACUCUUAAUAGCAAAACGAUUUGCACUAGGUAAUUAUCAAUUUAUAUCAAGCUCUAAAAUCGCUAAAACAAUAAAAAAUUCUUCAUCGAGACCUCAAACCCGAGAAUUUGUUUUUAGAUUAUGAUGACCUUAAAAAAGGUUAUAUAUAUAUUGCUGACUUGGAUCGCUCUAAAUUAUUAGAUGGGCAAAUGGGAUAGAAUAUGACAGAAUAAAAUGUUUGCAAUACACUUAAAUAUGACCCUCCAGAAACAACUUCAUCUUUUAAAUAUGAUAACUUUUAGUUUGGUCUUAUAAUAUUAAGAAUUGCGAAUAAGUACUAAUAUAUUGGAAAUGAAUUUUCAGGACCUAGAUAGUUGACAUUAGAAGAACACGAAAGUUACUAUAGUAGACAAAGUAUUGCAAAAGCACUUGCACAUACAAAAUAUGAUGAAACUUUUCUAGAUGUCAUAGCUUAGUGUUUAAAAAGAAAUCCUGAAGAACGACCUGAAAUUGAAGAGAUAUAUGACAAAAUUUACUCAUUGUAAUUAAAUACCAAAAUGAAACUAAAUUGGUUUUCCAAAAAUUCGGUUAAUCAUUUUGAAAAUCAAUAAGCCAUUGUUAGACAUCAAAAUACCCCAUCAAAUCCAAAUAAUAGUUUUACUCCAAAGGAUUAAUCAAAUAAUUUUAACCUUGUACCUUUUUCAACAAAUCUUUCUGGUGAAUUAAAAAAACAUUCUUAAACUUAAUAAGAACAUGAAUAAGAGUACAACUAGAAUAAUAGAAAAAUAAUACUUGUUUCAUCUAGACCAAAUUAACAAACUUCAGGUGGAAAUUUUUAGAGUUAAUCUGAUCACUCACAGAAAAAUUAAAAUUUAUAGUAAAAUAAUUAAAUUAAUACGAAUACAUAUCUAUAAUAAAAUAAUUAAUCAACGUCAAAUAACUACUCAAAUUAAGAAAUUUUCACGCCAUAAUUUUAAUUGAAUUCAAGCUCUUUAUAUCAUACAUAAACAUAAUUAUAAUAGUAACCAUAAACAAAUAAUAAAAUAAUACUUGUUUCAUCUAGCACAAAUUAAUAAAAUAAUUAAUCAACAUCAAAUAAUAAUUACUCAAAUUAAGAAAUUUUCACACCAUAAUUUUAAUCGAAUUCAAGCUCUUUAUAUCAUACAUAAACAUAAUUAUAAUAGCAACCAUAAGCAAAAUCAAAUUCAUAAAAUAAUUAAUCAACAUCAAAUAAUAAUUACUCAAAUUAAGAAAUUUUCACACCAUAAUUUUAAUCGAAUUCAAGCUCUUUAUAUCAUACAUAAACAUAAUUAUAAUAGUAACCAUAAGCAAAAUCAAAUUCAUAAAAUAUUUAAUCAACAUCAAAUAAUUACUCAAAUUAAGAAAUUUUCACACCAUAAUUUUAAUCGAAUUCAAGCUCUUUAUAUCAUACAUAAACAUAAUUAUAAUAGUAACCAUAAGCAAAAUCAAAUUCAUAAAAUAAUUAAUCAACAUCAAACAAUUAAUUAAUUUCAAAUAAUUACUCAAAUUAAGAAAUUUACACACCACAUCUUUAAUUUAUUGCAAACUCUUAAUAUGAUCCAUAAACAUAAUUAUAAUAGUAACCAUAAACAAAUAAUAAAAUAAUACUUGUUUCAUCUAGCACAAACUCAUAAAAUAAUUAAUCAACAUCAAACAAUUAAUUAAUAUCAAAUAAUUACUCAAAUUAAGAAAUUUACACACCAUAACUUUAAUUUAUUGCAAACUCUUAAUAUGAUCCAUAAACAUAAUUAUAAUAGUAACCAUAAACAAAUAAUAAAAUAACACUUGUUUCAUCUAGCACAAACUCAUAAAAUAAUUAAUCAACAUCAAACAAUUAAUUAAUAUCAAAUAAUUACUCAAAUUAAGAAAUUUACACACCAUAACUUUAAUUUAUUGCAAACUCUUAAUAUGAUCCAUAAACAUAAUUAUAAUAGUAACCAUAAACAAAUAAUAAAAUAACACUUGUUUCAUCUAGCACAAACUCAUAAAAUAAUUAAUCAACAUCAAACAAUUAAUUAAUAUCAAAUAAUUACUCAAAUUAAGAAAUUUACACACCAUAACUUUAAUUUAUUGCAAACUCUUAAUAUGAUCCAUAAACAUAAUUAUAAUAGUAACCAUAAACAAAUAAUAAAAUAACACUUGUUUCAUCUAGCACAAACUCAUAAAAUAAUUAAUCAACAUCAAACAAUUAAUUAAUAUCAAAUAAUUACUCAAAUUAAGAAAUUUUCACACCAUAAUUUUAAUCGAAUUCAAGCUCUUUAUAUCAUACAUAAACAUAAUUAUAAUAGUAACCAUAAGCAAAAUCAAAUUCAUAAAAUAAUUAAUCAACAUCAAACAAUUAAUUAAUUUCAAAUAAUUACUCAAAUUAAGAAAUUUACACACCACAUCUUUAAUUUAUUGCAAACUCUUAAUAUGAUCCAUAAACAUAAUUAUAAUAGUAACCAUAAACAAAUAAUAAAAUAAUACUUGUUUCAUCUAGCACAAACUCAUAAAAUAAUUAAUCAACAUCAAACAAUUAAUUAAUAUCAAAUAAUUACUCAAAUUAAGAAAUUUACACACCAUAACUUUAAUUUAUUGCAAACUCUUAAUAUGAUCCAUAAACAUAAUUAUAAUAGUAACCAUAAACAAAUAAUAAAAUAACACUUGUUUCAUCUAGCACAAACUCAUAUAAACCGUAAUAAUACUCAUAAACAAAUAAUAAAAUAAUAUUAGUUAAGUCUUAUUCUAAUCAAGAACAAUUUAGUUGA